CACAAUGGUAUGGGUUAAUGAAUUGUUGUGUUUGUUUGAAUUGACAUAGUCUUUUGGCAAUUUUCAUAUGCUGAAAAGGACCUUGCUUUCAAAUUUUCAUCCAACAUAAUGUAUGAGAUUUAUCUAAAUUAGGCGUUCAUAUGUUGUGGUCUACACUCUACAUAUACAAAUAAUCAUUAUAGGAACAAUAUCAAGCUUUAUAUUUUAUGAGUCUAAAAGGAUGAGCGUUUAACUCUUGAGUGGUUAUUCAAAGUAUUAAGUAUGUGUAUAUAUUAGAUAUAUAACUAAUUAUUUAUCUGGUUAAUUUGGUUUGGCUGGUUAGGAGUGCCUGAAACCAAGCCAAACCACCUAAACCAAACAAGCUAAAACUUUAACCAAACCAAACCAAUUAUCCAAAUUAACCAAACCAAAUUAUCCAAAUAGUACUCAUUAAAACGGUUACCAUGGUAACCACACCGUUUGAACACCCCUACCUACACAAAAGUAGCAAAGUAGGGGUGAACAUUUCAAAUCGAAAACUGGCUACACAUCCAAUUCGACUCGAUCCACCCAUAAAAUACGAGAGUUUCAAAAUAAAUGGGUGGGCGAGAAUUUUGGGGUUUUUUCUCAAUAUAUCACCCAAAAAUAAAAUAAAAUAAUCUAAAAAUAUCAUUUGAAAAAAUCAUUCAUAUCACCCUUUCACAAGGAUUGCAUCCUCUCAUGACGGUUAAAACGAGGACCAUAGGAGGGUGAUGCGGUUUUUAUUUUCGUCGCCUACAGCACGUGUGUGGUGGUUGGGGUCAGAUUAAUUGUGCGUCACCUCAACGAUCCCGGCCAAACAGUGACAACCCCGCUCGGUUUGCAUUUUGAACACGGAAACUGUCGCACCCCCUGCGGUUUGCAUUUCGAAAACGAAAAUCGCCGCACCCCCCCUGCGCUCAUCGUUUUCUUUUGGUGUUUAAGUCGAUCAACAACACUUGAGCAAACCAACAAAGGCGAAUAACAUAACUUGAGCAAACCAACAAAUUCGAACAACAUAACUUGAAUGCCAACAAAGUCCAAUAAUAUUACUUGAGAAACCCAACAAGGAGCAAACCAACGGAAAAUAAAUGAUCAAGCAAUCUAUAUGCCAUUAUCUAGAUUGGCAAUGUCAUGCCCCAGAUUUUGAGGGUCGAUUGGUCCAAUACAAUUUCAUUUAUCAUGACCUGGUACUUUGCAUAUGAAACAAUAUUUUGACCCUCGUGGUAGUCUUUCAGAUUGAUCCAUCUAAUUGGGAAUCCUUUUUACCCUCGGUCGUCCCGUUUCAUGUUUAUGUUCGAACGUUGGGUUGAUCACAUUUCCUUUGUUACACUGGCCAGUAAGUUUCGUUCAGCAAUGAACGAAAACUCUUUGCAUAGGAUUUCUUGAGCGAGUCGAUAUUGAAGUAAGGACUCACGAAGUGGAGGAGGUCUUUGCUCCCGGACUUGAUUAUGACCAUGGCAUGAAAACAAGGCAAUCCUCUCCCCCAAUACUUCUGGCAGGAGCACUCCCCUUGUUUUGUCCUUAAGUUCACCUUGACUUCAUGGUGAUACCUCCACGUCUGCCAUCCUUCCAACGCCUGGUCUCAACUGUAUACUCACCAACAUCUCGGUUCAUGGUGAUGAGCCUAUGCCGACUGUGUUGCACCAAGACGAAGCAUUUCUCAUUUACAAAACGGUGUCACUUCAAACAAUCACAGAAGCAGCCUGGAACAAUACUGUAUUGGAGUGUCGCCCUUCGAAGUCUAUCUCUACUGCUUGAGGAGAACUCCUCGAACAACGAUCUUCUUCAUCGAUCGUUAACUCUCACAAGAAACCACAACAGCUUUCUCGAGCCUACUUCACCUAGCACCGUCUCUACGGGAGCGGAUCAGGUCAGUAACUCUUAUGCUGAGUAACCAUCAGUAACAUGUCCACAUCUGCAUGACAUCAACAUCCCCUCUCUCCUGGAAAGUCUUUUAUCUUUUCCCCUUUAAUCUUUAACGGACGAUUUCUCUCUCGUUUUAAGUCAAAAUUUAAAUUUUUUUGCACAGAUGAAUCAGAUUAAAUGUGCUCUUUAAAAUGAUAUCCACUUUGAUAUAUUUUUAGUACAAAAAAAUUGAAUAAUUUUUUAUCAGUCAUUACCAUAUGGUAUGCUCAUAUUUAAUACCAUAUUGUAAGAAAGCCUACCAUGAUGGUAUGAACAUACCAAUAUGGUAAGAAGGUUGAAUACAUGAUAGUAGGAGUAUACUAACUGUCAUUUACGACUUUCAUCAUUGUUUACCACAAGUUACAACCCACAUACCAUAGUGGUAAAGUAUGGCAAUUUUUGGUCCAGUAUUUUUUUCACCCAGAAAUUUGUAGAUCCAAUAGAUCAUGAUGAACUCGUUCCAUCUGAGCAAACGUUUUCAGAAACGACUUAAAAAAGAAGAAGUUACCAUAUGGUAUGUAGUUGGUAUUCUCGAAAUAUAUUGAAAAUUGAUCUCAUUUUGUAGAGCACAACGAACUCGUUCCAUGUGUGGAAAAAAAAAUUGAAAUCCGAGUUAAAACGAAUAAGAUAAGAGCCGAUUGUGAAAACUAGGAAAAAUAAAAUGUCUUUAAUUGACAACCUUUAGAUCUGAAUUUUCUGGGUCUACUUAGAUCUAAUGGUCCAGAUUUAGUUACUCAUAGGUCAGUAACCAUUGGUUACUGACCCUAUCCUAAGCCCCGUCUCUACUGCUUUGCAAAAUGAUGAAGGCUAUGAAGCAUGCUUCUUAGAAAACGGUCAUCUGCUUUCUUGCCUUAUAAAUCGUGAGCCUCUAACUCCAAUUAAAAAUUGGUAGUCUGUAGUGAGAAUGAUAUAUGUUAAUCUCUUCCACUUUAGGUCCAUUCUUGUAGCUACUUCAGUAGAUUAAAUCACAGCGUAUGAGUGUGUACUGGGUGAUUUUAAUCUUGGGAAGUAGGAGUGUUGAGUGUCUUUAUUCAAAGAGCAGGGUUCGCUGUGUACCUGUGCACUUUUAGUUCAAAAUCAAUAAAAUCUCUUUCUUUUUGUAAAAUGAUCAAACAAGAGAGUUUAAAUUAGAGUCUUUCCUUUAGCUCUUCUCCCAUUCUGAUUUCACAGACUGCUCUUAUGUUUGUACCCGUCCAUGAUAUCUAGGGCCUUAUCAGAGUGGACCUUACCACGUGCCUCCUUCGCCCUUGCCCAGUGGAGUCGAUUUACGAACCAUCCAUUCUUUUCGAGAAUGUCAUCUCAACAAUGACAGAGAUUGGCAGUGCACUAACAGCCUUGUAGACGUAGACUUGAGUUCGUUAUGACAAUACCCCACCUGGUACCUCCGUACUUAUGAAAAGUCUACAUGGAUAUGUCAUGUUGAUCAAGCAAAUGCGCACCUUCGGGGCAUAGCUCACAGAUCUUCUACAACUUAUCCAUGAAUUUCUUCUCUUGGUAGGCAAUAGUUGCGGGACAUAACGAAGCGUUGUUAACAUUUAUGUAAAACGACUCGAGACCAACAUAACUUGAUUGUGAAAUAGAAAGCUUACCAGUCGCCAAACACGAUGACCAUGACUUACUGCUCUCCAUGUCACGCCUUCUUAUAGUUAAUAUGAUAUCCAUAACGACUUGAAAUGUGGGCGAUUAUUGUUUCCACUUUCAAAUCGGGUUGUUGCUUAAUCACGUGCUUGACAGCCACGACAACCACCCUCGAAGUCAACUCGUGAUGGCCUUGGGAUGUUAUGGAUGACACACAUGUGUCGGUGUCGCACGAGUGAUGACCCCACGACCGAUUCUUUUGCUCUUGAUGGCCCGAACCCUAGCCUUGCAUCCCUCAUGAUUCUUAUGACAUCUAACUAUUAGCCUCUCUGAAUCAGAAUGUGGUGUGCGCCAUUCAAAUAAUUAGUCACAAAUUGG